ACCCACUCCGACCUUCAACUUCCCUCUAUUAAUACUUAAAGUCUCCUUCCCAGUUCUCUACACUGCAAAUUCAAUCUCUACACAGAGAGAGAGAGAGAGAGAGAGAGAGAGAGAGAGUUUGUGUGUCUCUGAAGAACAAGCCUGCUUAAAUCCCAUCAAAGCAAAGAGAGGCCAUUUUUGCCUUUAUAACUUAACACAAUUAUGUGUAAUCCCAAAACCUCACCAUCCAUAGACACCAACAUCACAGACCACAAAACCCAUUUCGGCUUAGCCAUGUUGCCGCCUCCAGACGCCGGAAACCGCCAAGACAACACAACCACGGCUGACCCAGAAAAGCAGCCGGAGGCCACCCAAUGGCACUGCCCCACGGCCUCCGAAAUCAUCUGUGAGACCAAACAACUCUUCAAGCUUUCCUCGCCCAUAGCUUUGACGGCUCUGAUUCUCUACUCCCGCUCUGUCCUCUCCAUGGUCUUCCUAGGCCACCUCGGCGACGUCGAGCUCGCCGCCGGUUCUCUCGCCAUCGCCGUCGCCAACAUCACCGGCUACUCGGUUCUGUCCGGACUCGCCCUCGGCAUGGAGCCCCUCUGCUCACAAGCAUUUGGAGCUCAACGGCCAAAGCUCCUCGCUUUAACGCUCCACCGUGCCGUGAUUUUCCUUCUUAUUUCCACCAUACCCAUUUCCUUUCUAUGGAUUAACAUUUCCAGAAUUCUCGUCUUUCUUCAACAAGAUAAGGCCAUCGCCCGCUUGGCUCACACUUAUCUGGUCUUCUCUUUGCCCGACUUGUUCAUGAACUCGUUCAUCCACCCAAUCCGCAUUUACCUUCGUGCUCAAGGCAUCUCCCACCCGGUCACUCUAUCAACCCUCGCCGGCGCAAUCCUCCACCUGCCCAUCACUGUUCUCCUCGUCACCCGCCUCCACCUCGGCGUGGCCGGCGUCGCCGCCGCCGCCGUCGCGUCCAACUUCACCGUCCUGGUUGCGCUCGUUUCCUACGUGUGGGUGUCCGGCCUGCACGUGCCAACCUGGUGCACGCCGAGCCGGGAGUGUCUCACCGGCUGGAAGCCGCUCGUCCGGCUCGCCGCGCCGAGCUGCGCCUCGGUCUGUCUCGAGUGGUGGUGGUACGAGAUCAUGAUCGUCUUGUGUGGACUCUUCGUGAACCCCAAAGCCAGCGUCGCGUCGAUGGGAGUUCUCAUCCAAACGACGUCGUUGAUAUACGUGUUCCCGUCCUCACUCGGGUUCGCGGUAUCCACCCGGGUGGGAAAUGAACUCGGGGCGAACCGGCCCGACAAAGCCCGGGUCUCCGCCGCCGUGGCCAUCCUUUUAUCGGCGGCGAUGGGGUUAUCGGCCGUGGUCUUCGCCUCCGGGAUGAGUGGAACCUGGGCCAGGAUGUUCACAACCGACAGCGACAUCCUACGGCUGACAUCCGCCGCCUUGCCAAUCCUAGGGCUGUGCGAGGUCGGGAACUGCCCGCAGACAGUCGGGUGCGGGGUGGUGCGGGGGACGGCUCGGCCGUCCACGGCGGCGAACGUGAACCUCGGAGCGUUCUACUUGGUGGGCAUGCCGGUGGCCAUUCUGGUCGCGUUCUGGGCAGGGUUGGGGUUUUGUGGGCUUUGGAUUGGGCUUCUGUCGGCCCAGAUAUCAUGCGCGGGACUCAUGUUGUACGUUAUCGGGACUACGGACUGGCUUCACCAAGCCCUGAAAGCCCAGAUCUCCUGCGCAGGCUCCGCCGGCGCCGGAGACGAUGACGGGCGGUAAAUGAUCAUCUGUGACUGGGAAGUAGUGAUUUUAUUUUUUCUGGGUUGAGAGAAUUUGAAGGAGUGAAGUAAAAAUGACAGGGAAGACUGGUAUUUGUUUGUUUGUUUGGGUGAUUGGAAAAUCUGCGAUGGCUGGCUGCUUGGCGUUUUGUUUGAGUUCGAAGCGUUUGAAAGAUGUUCACUGUAAUUUGUUGCGUUUGGAUCUGUGUAAUCUGAUCAUUUGUACUAAUCCCCCAAAUAUGAAUCGACAGAUUAGUCCCAAUAAAAAUCCAACCUUUUUGGGCAUGU